AUGCCUCGCGGUCCUGAGCUUGAACCAUAUAUACGCGAGCGUAUAUGUGAAUUAAAACGAUCAGCAAAAUGGGGUGCAAAACGUAUCCAGAAGAAUGCGUUCCCUGAUAUUCCUCUAUCCACUAUCCACUAUACCCUCCGGCAAGAUCUAAAGCGUUUAAAGGGUGUUUCCCUACCUCGCUCUGGCGCACCUCGCAAGCUUACUGCGGAGGACCGAGACCGUGUGUAUGAUGCUAUUCAAAACCGUCCUGAUAUUACCCGCGAGGAUCUGCUUGCUGAGGUUAAUUAUAAGGUUAAAGCGAUGUCAAUCUGGCGUUUAACGCAUAAUAUGGGCCUCCGGAAGUGGCGAAAGAUGAACCGACCUUACCUUACACCUAUUCACGCUACGAAACGUCUUACUUGGGCUUUAACCUAUCGCCACUUUACACCAGAGGACUGGAAAAGGGGUUUUUAG